AACCGCGCGACAUCGCAUUGUGUAAAACAAAAUACAGCAAUAACCCAAUUCGACCACUAAGAGGUGGUUUAAACUCAAGUAUUCUACAGAAUAUGACGCCGUUUAUGUUUUUUUAUUAGUUUUAUUAGAAAAGAUAAACUAAACUUAAAAAAGUUAAUAAAAAAAUACAAGCACAAACAAAACGUUUGGUUCUUUGGGACCCCCGUAACACUGGAUAGAUAGAGAGAUAGAGAUUAUUAUCACACUUCUGUUGCAGAAAGCCAAAUAAAUAAUUAAAUGAGUCCAAAUUAGAACCUGAUUAUCUUGGUUCUUUGUGUAGAUAUGACGCCUUUUAACAGAAUAGGCUACAUUACAGUGUUACGACUAUUUUUAUUGAAAGAAAUAAACAAAGGAAGAAAAAGAAACGCGUGCUAAAAUACKAUCCUCAUCCUGUUUCUAAAAUAAAAACACGAAUAUCUGAUUAUGAAGUCAAAAAGUGAAAAACAACGAGUGCUUUUUGUUUGUAUACAGCCAGUGAUGGAAGCAGCUGGGAGGAGAAGCUCUCACAGGGAGGGGGUGGCUUAUUCUGAGCUCAGGGCCGAGGAUUAGCUGAGAGCAGAGCAGUACAGUCCCAACACGAUGACAGCAUCCAGCACAUAGCCUCCUCCUCCUCCUCCUCCUCCUCCACCAUCAUCCUCACCGUCUGGUCCGAGCUGGACGCCGCGGAUUUUUUUCUCUCUCCCCAGGAAGCUUCAACCUCUCUCCAACACCACGGAUUAUAUUUUUUGGGAAGGAGGGGAUUAACCCUCUCCUCUCCACCCUUCAGAGACCCCCCCUGUCCGCCUGUCUCCUCCUCAGAUCACGAGGUGGCCCCGCCAGACUGAGACCGAGCUCCGAUGAUCAGAGGGACCCCUCUCCUCCACUUCUCAGCCAAUCCUGGAGGGGUCACAGAGCUGAUGUCUCAGAGGACAAGGAGGGGGCGUGUUUGUUUUAGAGCCCUGAAGAGACAAACCACAUCACGAUAAAUGGAGGAGAAGGAGCGAAGCAGGAGCAGGUCUCCGGCUCGGACGGGCAGUCUGGUUCAGCAGGUGGUGGGGACUAUAAUACGACGAACUCGAGAGUCCCUGAGCAGAGAGCGCUUGCUGGGCGAUGGGAGGUCGCAGCGCUCCAACAGUGUGACCAGUCAGAGCUUCCAGGCCAAACUGACGUUGCAGAUCACCAAAGACCCAGUCCUGGACCGCAGCACCGGACAUGGGUUCACCCUCAUUGCAGACACGCCCCUGCAGGUCAGGGACGUCGCCACAGGGAGCCCUGCAGAUGGGAUCUUAUUCCCAGGAGACCAGGUUCUGCAGAUAAAUGAUAAAGUGAUGGAGGAUCUUAGUGCAGAGCAGGUGGAAAACAUCAUGAGAAACUUGGAUGAUUGUAUCAAUGUGACCAUCCUGCGGCAGAUGACGAAUCCAAAGUCGUCCAUUAUGUCGGCAGAGAAGAGAGCUCGCCUGAGGAGUAAUCCAGUUAAAGUGCGCUUCGCUGAGGAGGUGGUGGUCAAUGGGCACACUCAGGGAAACUCUCUUCUCUUCCUUCCCAACGUCCUAAAAGUCUAUCUCGAAAACGGGCAGACCAAGGCCUUCAAAUUUGACAACACCACUUCUGUAAAGGACAUUGUUCUCACUCUGAAGGAUAAACUUUCCAUCCGGGCGAUUGAGUACUUUACCCUGGUCCUAGAGCAACAGUACAGCAUCACCAAACUCCUGCUCCUGCAUGAAGACGAGCUCAUACAGAAGGUGGUACAGAAAAAGGACUCGCAUGAUUACAGAUGUCUGUUCAGGGUUUGUUUCGUUCCCAAAGACCCCAUGGAUCUGCUGCAGGAUGACCCCACGGCCUUUGAGUACCUCUUUUUACAG